AACGGGGAGAGAAAGAGCGAGAGAACCGUGCCGUAGUCGCGUCUUAUUCUUCCUUGGCCGCCACAACCUCUCGCCAGAUAACCUCACGAACGCCCCAUUGGACAGAAUGCAGCAACUAAUUGUUAGGGUGUAUCGUCGGGUACGUUCUAUAGGGUAUGGGAAUUGCGCCGUGUUAUUCUCAUUUCCCCCUAAUUACCAUCUAAAUCUCGCUGUAAUUUGAUAUAUAAACUCCUCCAAAUCGACCCACUUUGGGAUGUGCUUAUUGGUGGGGAAUACUAAUUAGAAAGAAGGCGAACGGAGAUGGGUAUGGCGCCGGCGGCCGUCGAAGGUAGAGGGAGCGUGCACGCUGGAGGCGGCGGAGGCAAGGAGAUGCAUUUCCGAGGAGUGAGGAAGCGGCCGUGGGGGCGGUACGCUGCGGAGAUAAGAGAUCCGGCGAAGAAGAGCCGGGUUUGGCUAGGGACCUUUGAUACCGCAGAGGAAGCCGCGCGGGCGUACGACGCCGCCGCCCGCCAGUACCGCGGAUCGAAGGCCAAGACCAACUUCCCCCGCCCUGAGGCCGCCUGCCCCAAUAAGAGCGUCGCGGUGGUCGCCGCUGCUGCCGCGGGAGGCAGUCCAAGCAGCCAGAGCAGCACGGUGGAGUCCUGCGGUCGCGAGGCGGCGGUGCCGCCACUCGCGAUCCCGCUCCCGCCGACGGUCGAUUUGGAUCUCCUCGACCGCGGCCGCCACGGCGCCGCGCGGUUUCCCUUUCGGCCGUAUCCCGUCGCUCCGGUAAUGCCGACGGCGGGCCGCCCCUGCUUCCUGCUCGACUCGAUCGGGCUCAGAUCCGAGAAAUCGGAGCCGGGGUUCAAUCGCCGCCAUGUUACCAUCUGUCAUCCGCUAUUCAUCACCGGCCUUCCGCCGGCCGCAAUCCAUCGCGCCGCGCAGAGCGACUCCGAGUCGUCCACGGUGGUCGACCUGCGCCUCCACCCUUUACCUCCGCCAGCGGCGCCCAAGAAACCCCUUCGAAAUUUCGAUCUGAACCUGCUUCCUCAGCCAGAGUUCGACUGAUCGUACAACUCGCUUUUCCCAAUUUUUUUUUUCUUUCUUUUUCUUUUAUUUUUCCUCAAAAACAAACGCAUCCAGAGGAAGAGAUAAUUUUGUAAAAUGCUAAUUAAAAACUCUUUUUCUAUCCUGUUUAAUUCAAGGACACUGCAAUGUACUCUAGAGAAUCCUUUAUAUUGCCUUCUGUUUUCUUUGUUCU